AUAGCCAGACUGGCAGGCGGACGCUGCGGUCCUCAGAACCUGGAACGUCUUACCAUGGACAACUGCCCUCUUCUCACAGACUCUGCGCUCGAUCUGCUGGGCAAUUCCUGCCGUCGUCUGCGCCAGCUAGACCUCUACGACUGUCAACUCAUCACAAAGUCUGGCAUUCAGAAUCUACAGCAGUCUCAUCCCCUACUGAAGAUCCAGGCCUACUUUGCUCCCGGUACUCCACCGGGCUCUGCAGUUGGACGUCAUAGACGCUACUGCCGCUGUUGUACCAUUUUCUGA